AUGCUUCCUUAUGAGAAUUCUUCCCUCAAGCAAAAGGAAUUACCGAUUAUAUAUGGAAGUUGGAAAAUUCUCAUCAAAACCCCAUCUUUCAUCAAAAGCCACCUCCACCAAUCUGCUCACAAAAACCCUUUUCUUCUCUUCCGUGGAUCAUUUUUCAGCCACGUUCCUGAUGAUGAACCAUUAUAUUUGGUUGACUGCAAGACGGGAAUGGUUGAAGUUCAGAUCACACCUUUGAUCGAUCCCUUGAGAUUUGGUUGGGACAUUGUUGGUUCCUGCAAUGGCUUGCUUUGUGUGGAAACAAGUUAUCAUUAUGAUGCAACUCAACCACUUUUGUUGUGGAACCCAGCAAUUAGAGAGGUCAUGCAAGUACCCGGAACGACCAAUGUCUCUCUUCGGCAUUGCAGGUUCGGAUUUGGUUUCAGUCCUACCGUUAAUGAUUACAAAAUAGUGAAAGUUCAUUAUGAUCUCAAUUCUAUAUUCGUGAAUCGAAUUGAAGUGUAUUCUUUAAGGACAAGGUCAUGGAAGGAACUUACGAAAGGGGUUUUGCAGAACAUAUAUUUAUGUGAUGCUGUGGAUUCUAAUGGAACUAUAUUCUGGCUUGGUGGGGGGACAGAUGUGAUCAUCCAAUGGUAG